CAUCAAUUCAAAUGUGGCGCGGUACGAAAAAGUCAAUGCAGAAGACUAGACUCUGUUACUGUUAUACAAAUUACAAGAUAGAUGAUAGAAGAGCAAGCAGAACGGACAGAACAUGUUGAUUUUGUGAAAUAAGGUUAAAGAGACUAAUGUUAGAGUGAUGAGGCAAGCUGCAUACAAACUGUAUAGUUGACUGGUAUAGAAACACAAAAAGCAUUGAGAGAUCGAAAUUGAAAAAUGCCGGUGCACAACACAGCUGGAGGUUCCUCGAUCUUCUUUGCAAAAGUUCCAGACUUCAGUCUUCUUUGCUCAGUUGUUUGUCGGCUCGAAAAUAAUGCACCAUCUGCAUAUAACUUUGGACCAGGCUCUUCAUCAGGCAUCCAUAAUCCAUCUAGAUCUAGUUCACAGGAUACAAAGAAAUGUGGCCAGUCUAAUGUUCUGAAGUGCAGAGAACUGAUAUUCACUGAAUCCAAUGUCUUGGCCUCACCAUCUCUCCAAGAAGAAGGCAAUAUUUAUGUGAUCAUCACUUCUCAGUUUUGGCAGUCGGGCAAGCUUCAAGAGAGAUGUCAGAAGAUGAGCUUACAGGUUGGGAAACCCAUUCGGGUAAUUCCAGCAGUGUUUCAAGCCUGCUUUACAUACACGUUGAAGGCAAAGCUAGCUCCUUUGUGGAACAAAGUUGGAGAAUAUUACAUCCAGGGCAGGGACUUCAUCACAAGUACUGGAAUCCUUGGUGCUAUCAACCUUGAAACAAAUGUGACAGAUGGUGAAAUAUGCCUUGCUGUCAAGCCUUUAACUGUCAAGAUGCCACAUUGCACAUUGCAGGAUUUUGGUGUUUUACCUCCUAUCAUUAAUCACUUUCUGGUGGAUAUCAACUACAUCAUCUCAGAAUACUCUGUAGAUGACAAGUGGUGCUAUGUGCUACCAAGUAUGAAGAAAGGAAAAGUUGUGAGUCUGACGCAUCAUAUCCCAUCUUCCAGUCCUUACAAAACCUAUGGUGAUCUGAAGAAGUACUGGAAAAAUAAUUAUGGCUACAGAUUACCAGAGAGUGGAGAAGGGAUAGUGUACAUCAACAUCUUCUUCCCUGCGAUACCACACACCAUGUUCACUUACCCAGAAUUCUGCAUCAGGAAGAUUGAACUAAGACCGGUACCUAGAGUGGAUUCCACCCCAGUCCUGCAGGCAUUCCUGACAGAUAUUAAGAAGAAGAUGCCACACAUGUGCCACACCCCUCUAGAAGUCACAAGGAAGCCACAGUACACAGUAGUCACCAUGAACUCAGCCAAUGGAUAUAUUGAAUCUGAGGGCCAUUCAAGUAUGACUCUGAUCAAUAGGAAAUCUACUGUGCCACAGAGAAUCCCUGCUCGAGCUCUAGUACCGGUCAGUGAGAGCCGCAGCCAACAGCACAGCACCCAGCCACAGAUAUCUCCUUACAGACCACUGACUGGACAUCCAGCAUACAUCAAGUCUGCCACAGGUUAUAUCAUCAAGACCCCUCAGAAUGUGUCUCCUGUCACUCCAGCCCUCCCACCCAGUCAGUUUGGGUACCCGCAUGAUGGCUCCUUGUCUAAGAAUGGUCAGCAAAACCCUCAGCAAGGGUCUAGUCUGCAUUGUCCAUUGCCGUAUGGGAGCAACACCAAGGUGACUCCUUCACGACGUCAUCAUGAUCUUCAAAGUCCUAGGCAGUCACCGUAUGCUGCUAAAAGCAAUCUGUCCAUGCCAAUGGGUUCUCCUGGUCAGAAAGGUUUGUUCUGUACUCCUCCACAUCCUUAUGUAUCACCAGCAAACACUGGAGCACAUCCUUACCAAUCACCAGCAAACACCGGAGCACAUCCUUACGCAUCACCAGCUAACACCGGAGCACAUCCUUACGCAACACCAGCUAACACCGGAGCACAUCCUUACGCAUCACCAGCUAACACCGGAGCACAUCCUUACCCAUCACCAGCUAACACCGGAGUAUAUGCCGUGGGUCAUCAUUUGACACCAAUUACAGGAACAGUUGCUACUGGGAGGAAGGAGUUACCACAGUCUGCUCCAAAGUCAGCCAGAAAUCUAAACCACACUAUAUUCUCUUUGGCUGCUGAUCAGCUUCAGCACUAUUCAGAGCAGGAUAUCAACAAUAAUUCCCCUCAGCAUGCGUGUAUGCCAGCUUAUCGGAAGGAAGGAGGCAGGUAUGUUGGUUCUGCAGGAGAUGCCAGUAGUUUAACACCACCUCCACUACAGCAGAUGCAGAAUCUCCCAGAAAGCAAUGGAAUGCUCCAACCAGGGAAUGGUGGAGGCUUCCUAAGAAAGGAAGUAUGUAGAGAGUCUCAGCAGCCUCCUCCUCCACAACCAAGACCCUUUGUGCCUAUCUUUAACCCCAAACCAUCUCGUUCAAUCCCAUCGGCUGCCAGUGGAAACCAAACACCCCAGGUACCAAAGAUCAAACCUUCAUUCACCCCCCACAAACCAAGAUCAGUCAUGCCAUCAACAGUCAUGUCCAGAGCUACUACCACACCCACCCACAAGCCCGCAACCCACCCAUCAACCAUUGAUCUGAUAGCUUGUGAGGAUAUCAUCCCACCAACCCAGCCAACACUGAAACAACAUCCUCACCAUCAUCUACCACACUCUGCAAUGCUUCUGCAGCAGCAGUGUUCCCCUUCUCCAUCUUCCAGUGCCACCCAUCAUCAACCGGCCGCAAGACAGGCACUUCAUUUUGGACCCAGUAAGGUGUCUUCAUUCAAAACAGUGUCCAAACCCAGUCAUCCUCUCCUGGCGCCUGUUACCACCAGCUCAAUCAACCAUGACAAAAAGAGAAAAGCUAAGGAUGGUGACGACGCUGGAGAAGCCAAGAAAUCAAAGCCUCGCUCCAAACCCAAGGUUCAAGAUAACAUUGAUGUUCAACUGAUGGCCCAAAAUGAUCAGCUCUCCAAGGUGAACAGCAUCACACUUGUAGCCUGGUUGAAGGAGAAGGGUGUCCAUGUGUCAUCAAAAGAUAAGAAACUUGACCUGAUAUCAAAAGUCAUGACAUUCAUCAACUGCACUGCCAAAGAGAUGUGAGUGAGCGAGAUGCAUUCUAGCUCCCAAAACGUACAGGGUGAUACAUGUCACACAGGUUUUCUGCAGUUGAAUAAUCUACACUGUACUAGGUGAGCACAUAUCCUAUAACUAGAAGAAAUGUUUUG